AUGGAGCACGUCAAUCAUUAUAUCCAUAUGAUAUCCUUGCAUGCACACAAUGAUGCACUGAUGUGUAAAGUGUUCCCCUCUAGUCUCGGCUCCACGACCUUGAGAUGGUUUAAUAGAUUACGAAAAGGUUCCAUUUGCAACUUUGCCAAGCUAAUCCAGGAGUUUGGCGCUCGAUUCGUGACGUGCAGCCGGGUGCCGCAACCAGUGGACGCACUGCUUUCCAUAAAAAUAAGGGUUGGCGAAACACUUCGGAGUUAUGCCAGUCGAUAUUGGGAACUAUACAAUGAAAUCAGUGGGGGUAAUGAGAAGAUUGCGGCAAGCAAUUUCAGGAUGGGGCUUCCCGAAGACUCUGAACUAUGGGAAUCGUUGACGAAAAGACCUCCCGAGGAUAUGAGGCAACUUAUGAGGCGUAUUGAGGAGUAUAAACGUCUCGAAGAUGAUCGGCUAUAG